AUGUUGGAACAGAAGCUGGUGAAGGAGAAGAAGAGGGUGGAGGAGAGGCAGAAGGCUGAGAGGGAGAAGGUGGAGAAGGAGAGGAGGAAGGGGGAGAAGAGGGAGAAGGAGAAGACGAGGGGGGCGGUUGCGGGGAAGCAAGCAAAGGGCGUAGUGCCUGUUAAGACGGCGGGGAAGAAGGUGGUUGUUAUGCCGAAGACGGGUGGUGGGGGGAAGAAGAAGUGA